AAUUCUAUGUUCCACCUCUUCCCAGUGCGGCCUGCGGUUGGUAGUGAGUUGUGCGGUCGUUGAAAAUUGCUCUCCAAACUCUGAAAUACCCUGAAGAAUUCCACAAAACUCACCACCAGGCUUAAGUCGAUCAGGACGCGUUCGCACCUAGUUCGUCCUAGCCACCCACGACCAAGGCACGUAUAUUUGUGAUCACUUCGCGACAUAAUUUUGGUUCCGCUGCUACCGAAAAGGGCCGAAAAAAUCGUACCAUCUGUGAGUUGAUUCAGUUUGUGAUUAUGGGCACGGAAUUUAAGGAUGUAUACGCCAGCGUGAAUAUGGAGGAUUCUGGAAAUAGUUGUGGAAGCAGUGUAGUCUCCGAUUUUAGCGGUCCUUCAGACCAACAGGACUUCGACAACGACAGUGUCCAGAUCUCGGACCUAGAGAAUGAAUCUCAAGGACUCUUAUCACAGUGUGGAUCCUUGGACGAUAUCGAUGAAGAGUCCCGCCUGUCCAUUGCCACCGAGGACCUCAGCCUGGACGACCUCCAGUUAGACGACUACUCAAGAACAGCAUCAGACGUCCAAACAUCAGCGAGCCCCGCCAAGCAAUCAACGCCAUCCAGCUUAACCACCACCGAUAACAUCGAGAGCCAGCAGCGACUGGCCGUUCUAAGUUUUGAGCAAGUAUGUCGUCUGAACGACGUGAUGGACGAGGUCAUCUACAUACACGGCAGAGGCAACUUCCCAACCUUAGAGAUCCGACUCAGAGAUCUCGUCAACGUAGUGAGGGGAAAAUUAGAGGCAGAUCCUUCAUGCGGAGGUGCAGGUAUGAAAGUGCGCGACAUACGUUUAAACGGAGGCGCAGCUUCCCAUGUUCUCGCCACCGAAUCUCAGCCCUACAACGACCUCGAUCUCAUCUUCGGGGUAGAACUGUCCACCCAGAAACACUUCGACAGGGUUAAAUCCGCAGUACUGGGAUCCUUGUAUGAGAUGCUGCCCGAUGGGGUUAGUAGAAAGAGGAUAUCCACUUGCAGUUUGAAAGAAGCCUACGUCAGCAAGAUGGUCAAAGUAAACAACAACAAUGAUGGCGACAGAUGGUCGUUAAUAUCACUUGGAAACGCUAGAGGGCGAGGUGUCGAGUUGAAGUUCGUCGAUAGCAUGAGGAGACAGUUCGAGUUCUCAGUGGAUUCUUUCCAGAUCAUCCUAGAUUCACUGUUGCUAUUCUACGAAUGUAGCGAGUUACCAAUAGGAGAGAACUUUUAUCCGACGGUUGUGGGUGAAUCCGUCUACGGGGACUUCCAAGAGGCUCUGUAUCACCUCCAGAAAAAACUGAUCGCAACAAGACAACCAGAGGAAAUAAGAGGAGGUGGCCUCUUGAAAUACUGCAACCUGUUAGUCCGAAACUACAAACCAGCAAGGCCUGAUGUGAUUAAGAGAGUACAAAGAUACAUGUGCUCCAGAUUCUUCAUCGAUUUCCCAGAUAUAAAUCAGCAGAAAUCCAAGCUAGAGAACUACUUAUGGAACCACUUCGUUGAGCCAGAAGAAGAAGCCUUAAAACACCAGUACCUGAUGAGACUUCACGAUGUGGUAGGGGAAUCCACUGUUUGCCUCAUGGGUCACGAGAGACGGCAAACGCUCUAUCUGAUCAAAAGCUUAGCCAUGCAGAUCCUGUUCCAGGAUCAGCAGCGUCUGAUAAGUCAGCAGCCGCCACCUCUCGUCUACGCCAAUGGAAUAGUGUACGCUCCAAUCAUCUCGACGAGCUGCUUCUGCACGUGCAGCAAUCCUUGGAUGCAGAGUUGUUCUUCCUCGUGAUGGGUGAUUGUCUGUGCGAGUAAUAGGACUCCUGUAGGCCGGGAUCGCCAUCAUGAGGUCUAUGAUCUUUGUAGAUGCGUGUCAGAUGACCUGGUGUUAUCCGAAAACUCAAUAUAAUUAGAAUCGUACCUCGUACAGACGUCUGUGAGAUAGAUCUCCAUUUAAGAUUACAAUAUAUCGCUAUUUUAAUCAAUCUUAAAUUAAUAAUCAGGCUUCUGGCGUCCUUGAUAAAUAAUCGAGAGCAUUCCGUACUUCUCAAUGACUCAAAAUCUGAAGAACCACAACGUGAGGCUAGAAAAUCUUGAACUAUGACGCAUCUUAGGUGUCUGGCUGUGAAAAAUUUAUGUUGGGUUAUGUACAUUGACAAAAGAUUUGCGUACUGAGCAUUGUUACCCCCACUUGCAGCCUGAAGUAGAUAGAAACAUCUACAAAGUACAAAAACAACCUUAGCUCAUCCUCAACUGUAAUUAUAUACCAGAUAUUUGCAUGAACCUGCAACAAAAUUACAAUUAUAUAUAUAUAUACUGUUAGAAUAAAUGACUUUUACAUAAAACGACAAAAAAAUUAAAAAUAAAUAUACACUAGAAAUUUUUUUCAUUUGUGGAAGUUCAUCGAAAAUCAUUUUUAAGUUACACAUUGUCGUACUACCGUUGAUUAUUUAUUAAAACGGAAGUCGUCAUAUUUUACCUUUGUAUUUUUAGGAACCGCAGAACUAUAUAACGGGACUUCAGGCUGCAUCAAUCAAUCACUUAACGAAAAAAACAACAAAUGCUUCGAUGUAAUUAAGUAUUAAUUUUCCCCAUGUUGAAUCAACAAGAUGUGUAUGUAGUUUCUGUCAUUACAAUAAGCAAGUGUAGGUCUAUUUUUGCGCAUUUCUGUUCAUCAAUUCCAAUUGAUAGCGUGUUAUACUGAGCUUGAAAUUUGUCGAUGUGUGAAAAUUGUUCAAUUGACUUUUGUACGCCUUAAUCUUCGUUUUUCUCCUUCUAUCCAGAUUGAAUAUCUUUAAUUCAACUUGGUUUCAGAUAUCCCAAAUAAUCAAACUCAUAUAAUAUUUACUAUUAAUUCUCUAUCCUUUUUGUAUCUACUUUUAUUAUUAUGGAAUUAAAAUUGAAAGUUAUCUAAAACGAACGAAAUAUUUAAACGAAAUCUCAUUAUAUACUAGAAAUCCCCAGUGUAAAAAGAUAGUGAGGAUUUGCACAAACUAAAUGUUAUCAUUCCCUGGACAAAAUGAGUUCUUAGUUCACCUCAAAAAUAGUUGUAGAUAGCUUAACUUACAUCAUAAUAAAUUUAUGUAGAUAUAACUAUACAAAUCGAUACCAACUUAAGCUCAUUAUCAUGUAAUCUUGAAUUUGUAAGCUCAGUUUAACGUCGAAAAGUCCACUACUAAAGAACGUUUUUGGAAAAUUUCCACGAGUUAUGAUAUUCGAUAAAUUUCGAAAAGAAUUGACACAAAUAUCGAAAUUUCAAUAUUUCCUCCGAAAUCCUCUGAAAACGUUCGCAAUGAAAAAACUCGUUGAAUAAUAGAAAUUGUAAAUGAUGCAGUGUUGAGAAAUAUUUUUUCUAGUGCCAUAAGAUAAAGUUGUUGUAAAAUCCAUUCAAGAGUAACUAAUUGAUGUAAAAAAAAAAUGAUUCCAUUGAAAUUUAUUUGCCUCGAAGAAGUCUGUUAGAAAAUGUAAUUUAACGAGUUUUAAACAACUGAUAUAGUUGAGAAAAGGAGAGACUGGCUGUAUAUUUAUAUGACCUCAAAUGUUUGCCUAUUAGUACUUAUAUUGUCGCUAAAACAUUGACUGAAAUGCAUAACACAUAAGAGAGUCGAACUGAACCAAAAUUCGAGUUUGAACUACUUGGAACAUAUUUCGAGGAAGUUAGUAAGGCUACAUCGAUUUGAACUGGAAGGAGAGAUUAAUAUUUGAAAAAAAAAUGUAACAAUUAUUUUCUAUGAAAAAUGUGCAAAACGUAUAUAUCUCAAAUUCCUUCGUGAUUGUUACUAGCCACUAAAGAAUGCCACCGUUUGUGAUGGAAUAUUGGUUCAAUCACUCCAUUAUUCAAGAAAUAUGGCUCUCAGUGUAGUUUAUGAAGUGUAGUAUGACGCUGGGUCCCUUCGAUUGGAUUCUGCUGAUUUAAUUUAUCUUAUAAAUAAAAGUAAGAUUAAGAAGUAAACAAUAAAACAUAACUUAAUAAAAUGUCUAUUUUCAUUGAAGAUAUAUGUAUGUUACUACUGAUUGGGCCUUAUCUGUAUAUUUUUAUUGUUCCCGGCCCAGUCGUAAGAUAAAUAAAUGUUUAAAAACCAAAUAAAAAUUAUAAAAUGUUUGAAAACAUUCGUGAAAAUUCA